UCGAACAUUUAAAAACAUAACAUCAAGUUACGUUUUUAUUUUUUUUACUUUUAUAAUAAUUUUUAAUUUCGCAAUAUCGCAGAAUAAUGAUUAACGAUCGACCUCAAUGAUGAGGAAUCAAUACUAAAAAAUUUUGAGAAUAUUAUUUUCUCCAUAAGCGGUAACGCGAUCAACAAUGCCAUGAUUUUGGCUUGGCCGCUACUGAUCGCAGUCCUACURACAUUCUGUGUACAUUCAGCUCAGCCAUCUACAGGGCCUGGUAAAACGACCAUUUAUGAAACAGAAUGUAAACAUCUACGAAUGGGUCAGUUCAUGUGCCCUGAUGAUGGGUAYGAAUUCAUCGACCCAGAGACACARCAGUUACGUGGAUGUACCAAAGAMAAUGUUGCUCAAGUUCGGUGUAAAGCAAGUGAUGGUAUUGUGUGUUUGGAAACCAAAAACUCAACAUUUUGGAAAGAAUUUCCAUGUAAAUGGACUAAUGGUUACCAUUAUGAUACAACACUAUUAUUGUCCAUUUUUUUGGGCAUGUUUGGCGUAGAUCGUUUCUACCUAGGUUACCCGGCUAUUGGUCUACUGAAACUAUGCACUCUUGGAUUUAUGUUCAUUGGCCAAUUGGUCGACAUAGUACUUAUAGCAACUCAAAUUGUUCGUCCSGCUGAUGGAUCACAUUAUAUCAUUCCUUAUUAUGGUCCCGGCAUUAACUUUAUACUGAUGGACAAUGAAACUUACAGACAACCACAAGAUGAUUGGUUCGUUGAUCAUAAUGAACUAUAAAGUGUUAUAAAAAUUAUUAUAAGUAUCUAGAUUAAGUGUACUUAYUAUUAUCACCAUUAAUGUUAUAAUUUUAUGAGAUGUAUCAAUUUUUUAUAAUAUAAAUCACAUUUGAUACCAAAUUU